AUGGCUCCUAGCUACCAUGGUGGCCCCGUACAACUGAUAUCCAUCGAUGAGUCUGGCCAAUGCACUGUUGAUGAGUACGCCUUCAAUAUACUAAGGCAGAUCGAGGGGAAGGUCGCUGUAGUUGGUAUUGCUGGUCUCUACCGUAGGGGCAAGAAUCCUGUCAUGAACAGUCGUCUCCUUGGCCUACAAGAUGGAUUCGACCCCUGCACUCGUGGUAUAUGGAUGUGGGGCCACCCGGUUCAACUAGGGCAGAAUUUUCAUGCUAUUCUCAUCGAUACUGAGGGUCUGGAUAUUCUCAUUGUGCCUUCCUUCUUCGUGUAUGGGUGCGAUAAACGAGGAGAAUCUCGACUAACUCAAUCUGGUGAGUACUCUGGUUUAAGGGUAUCCGGUAAUGCCGUGAGAUAG